AUGGCCGAACCCCAACCUGGAGACGAGCCAUAUGACUGGGAAGAUGAAGGCAGAAAGGACACUAAGGCCCAGCAUCUUAGACUAGUCACUGAGGAGGAUAUCAGGGAUCAGUAUGGCCAAACGAUCGAGGAGAUGACGGUUGACGAAGCUCGUGCUCGGAUCCCCAAGUUCGCUAAGUUGGACAACCGAAUGCUCUCGCGCGUUUGCCUCUUGUGGACUUAUAGCCAAAUCAAGGGGAAAGGAUGGUGGAAGGAUGACUUCGAUUUGGGCGGGAACGUCCGAGAUGCUCGCAGAGUGAUCAGCUUACCACCACUGAUCCUCGCGCCGGGCAACACAUACCACUACCAUCUGGUCAGGAGGUAUUAUAUGAACACAGGAAACCCAGCCACGACAGCAAAGGGGGGACGCAAAGAUCGGAUGGCCAGUAACGCAGCAAGGGACGAGCCGCUCAAUACUUGGGGCACUGGAACUGAGGUUCCUGGUCCGAUCCUCGCACGAAUCAACCUAAACACCACCCUUGUGUUCAACUGCCAGCAGGACUGGAACCUGUUCUGCCCUCGAAACAUGCUUCUUUACCACCAAGCUACGGUGGGCAACUUCGACAAGCUCCGUUUGCAGAACAAGUGUUUCACCUUGAUCAAGGUCAAAGAUGGGGCUCCUGGGGGCCUACCGCAAACGCCAGCUAUAACUCCGAGCACUGGAAUAAAGAAAACGUCUACCACAAAUAAAACAGCUGCAACCCGGAAGCGCACAGCAAGUGGAACCAGAAAGACCUCUGGGAUCACCAAGAGCCCAACAGCCACUGUCUCUAACACCAAAGAAGCACAAUCCGUACAGGAAAACACUGACAAGGACAAAGACACGGAUGAGGAUACCCCAACACAGAGACCUUUCAAGAAGGAAAAGACAUCUGUCAGCCCCAAGGACGACUCCUCCUCUGGAGCGGAUGGGUGGGGGAUGAAUGGGGGUUUCCAGUAUCGGGCUCGAGAUGGGAGCCCCCCAAUUCCCCCUGCUGCUGGUCAGGAAUCACCAAGCCCAGAUGGGGGCUCUAUCCAUCAUGAGGAACCCGCAACGGCGACUGCAACGGCAACCACAGCUGCGAACGUGAUACCAGCCGUUUCAACCGCUGCACCAACUAUUCCCACUGUCGCCCCAACCGUCUCUGACGUUCCGGCUACGGCACCGCCGGCGGUUCCCGCUACUGUUUCUACGGCGUUCAUUUCCUCGAACAAUCACCAUAGGUCAUGGAAGGCCAUCGAGAAGUUCUUGGAGCCCGCGACGUGGGCAAGGGAGCAAGAUUCGACUCGCGAAGGUUUCCUAAAUGCCAUGGAAACCACAGAGCAGGUGCAGAAUACUAGGGAUGAGCUGACCGCGCUGGCACUCGGGAUCCGGGAGGUUGAGAACCAAGUACAGACGAUCAACGACCUCCUCGGCUCCCAGGCACUAGCUGGCUUUGUUGACACUCUGGGACAGCAUGGGGUCCAGAUUGGCGCUAUUGCUAGGAGGAUGACUGAGUUCAACGAUAAAUUGGACAGCCUACGGACGCUACUGAGUCACCAACAACCGAAUUGGUUCUUCAUACGCCAACUUGAGGCGGUGAUCCCACUUUUGGUCCCGGAACAGGCGGUUAUUCUACAACAACAUGCGAUUAGAAUGGCCGAGGACCUACCGAUGUUUGGUCGUAUGCAACUGGAAGAGGAGAGAACGGCAUUGGUUGAUCGACUUCGAGGUAUCGCGAUUGCCCCAGACCACGCCGACGAGGGAGGCGAGGACCGGACAGAAAUAGCACCAGGAGAAGCGGCCAUAGACGACGAGACGGCUAUAGACGACGAGACGGCUAUAGACGACGAGACGGCUAUAGACGACGAGGAAUGGGAGCUCCAAGCAUUACUGUUGGAGAAUUACCGGACGAAGUAG